UUUAGAGUGUUUUAAAUGUUAGCCGAGAAGCUCUGAGAUAAGGGUCAUACUCCCAUGGGCAGUCUUUAAUAGCAUUUUGAGUAAUUUAUUAGCAUAAUUAUGGUUGUGAAUCAAUUCCAAAAGUAAAAAACUCGCCUUUUUUAAAGGUUUAUCAGUAUCUUCGGGUUUUUCAAAGAAAAUGUUUUCUACUGGCUUCUCUUGUUGGAUAAACUGACUUUUCUGUCUAAUUCUUGCAGAUUCCUUGAGAAGCUCACUGAUUUGCCUUCUUAAUCCCCCUCUUUUUGAAGGACAGUCACCCUUGGUCCCACGAAUAAAUUGACUAGGUUCUUCAUUAUAAUUUUUAAUGAAUUUGACUCUUCUAAUUUGUUAAUUUCCUUGCUU